GAAUACCGCUUUCAGAAAUAAAUAAACGUUAAGAAAUACGCUGACCGUGCAUCCCUAUAAAAUAAACUCAUCCGUUUAAAAUGUGGAUUGAAAUACCGAUCCGUGUUAGUAAACACUCCUUACCGCCUGCCGAAGAGAGGAGAAAAUAAUUUACAUUUGCAGCGCUGCGUUCUCACGACGGCGACGUCCGGAACUACGUGGUAUUGAAGUUAAGUGAAUAAUAGUCUAGUUUAAAAUCAUGAAUGAUGAAGGGGCGGUUAAAGCUCGAGAAAAUAUAGAAUCAUAAUAUUUUAAAGCCCUUUUUUUGGUGGAGGUGGGGAACUGGUAUUUGUAAUAAAACGAUUGCCACGAUAUAUAUAUCUCAUCAUUAAUUAGGAUAAAUUUAAUAUGUUUAGAAAAUUUUGGACUCGCAACGUUAUAUUAGUUGUGGGUGUGAUUAAAAAAAAAAAUGUUUUUAACGUGUGUGAAAUUUUUUUUUUGUACGUUUUGACUUUCAAAUCGACAGCCGGCAACAAUGGGAUGACUUGCGGUUGAGUGAGCACUUUAGUUAGCGCUCGAGUGUUUUAUUUCAUUACUGAAGUUUCGAGUGUUUGUUCCCGAUAGAUUAUUAUACGAGCACGCGGAAGUUACUAAGUGCACAAUGUAAACAUUAGGGAGGGGGAGGGGAGGGAGAUGAUCAAUCUAAAAAGAAUUCCAGGUAUUUUAUACCAACGACGACGUGUGAGCGUGGCUGUAAUAUGUACAUCGUUGGUUAUUUACUAUCUCUUCAAAUUUGGCAUCGUGUGUACAAACAUAGAGAUAUGGAGUUAUGUCAGUAAGUUGUGCCAGCUGCAUCGCGACGGGAAAGCUGUUGGCUCACUGUGUAAACCCCUGUGCACCGACGGAACAAUAGAGUCCGUAAGCUGCUACGCUUUUCACGUGGGCAAGGAGGCAGUGUUCUCAGCCGAAUGGCAAGGAACCAAAAUGGUCUUCAAGUCGCCACGUAGUCAGCCCGAUGUCGAUCCGGUGCACUGGGUUAGCCACGACGGCCGGAGGCAGUACCCGGAUGAACAGCAAUUCCAGUCCAUGGUGCGAGAACUGGUUGCUUCCAGAUUAAAUCUUUCCACAUCGUCGGACCAGUUGAAGAGGAUUUCUCAUCUCGGCGUUUCCAAGGCCGCAGAAUCAUCCGUCGCUCGCCACGAGGAGAUGGAUAACGUCUGGGCUUUACUCCACGAUAACGAGUACCUUCUAUCCGUCCUGUAUUCCGACAGAGGCGUUUUCCCUCAACUUCUGGGCACCUGCGGCACGCUGUUUGCGGUCGAGUACGUCCGACCCGUCGAGUCCGCAGCACGAAUGUUCUCCGUGUCGGAAGGGAGAAACGAAUGGGCUUCGCGGCUCAGGCUCGCGUCGAUGAUGCUCGAUCUUUUGGAGGAGGUCGAAGUUAACUUCCCGGAGCCGUUUUCCCUCUGCGACGUGAAAAUGGGCCACUUCGGCGUGACCGCAGACGGGCAGCGCCUCAAGUUCCUGGACCUGGACUCGGUUUUUCCCCGGACGGUAGCCAACCGCGUCGCAGCGGACGGAAGCGCCUGCGAGAGGGACGAGGACUGCGACUUCUUCGACUGCCGCUCCCGGUGCGGCCCGUCCCGCGUCUGCGACGCGCCCGUUGUAAACAACAACCACCAGGUGGUCUGCGAGAAGAUCUUCCUGGGCUGGGCGCUGUCGGGGGCCACGCUGGUCCCGGGGCUGCUGGUGUCGCGGCACACGCCCUCGACGCUGGCGGUCCUGCUGAGGAUGUGCGCGAGCCCCGACAGCGGCACGGCACCUCCCGACGACGUCAAGCGGCGGCUGUAUGCGCUGCUCACCGAGCUUCUGCAGGCACUGGGCAACGAAGAGUUCCUCUGACUCCUACAGCCACAGUGCUAGCAAGGACAACAUAUUGCUGAAGUGUAGCUGUGAAAUCUUGUCUUUCUGACGGCCUGCUACAGUUCCUGAUUACUAGCUCUUAUUAUGUAUAUUUCCGUAAAAUGUACUAGGCAGGCAGGCACACUGAACGGCCAUACUUAUUUAAUGAUUUUGUCUGAUUAACUCGCCAGUAUAGAUCUUAAGCUGGAGUCACAAUGCCACGAUGAACAUGACACACUCAGUAGCCAAUGAAAUGCAAGGUCACUGCAAUGUCAAAACGACGAAAUACGCGCACUGAUGGCCCACAAGCAGAAUCUAUUUCUAAUUUAGUUCUCUUGCCACACGACGGGAAACAAAACGGAAACUUUACAGAACUGAACUUGAAACAUAUUUACUUAGUUGGUAAAUCUUUAUAUUCAAAAAUGAAAUUUUAUCAAGUUUCGUUAUACAUACUUUCACGUUUGCAGUGUGAAGUUAACUGUUUAUUAUGUUUAUGUUUAGUUUUCAGCAUAGCUAAACAGCAGAAUUAUUUUCUUUCCCUUACCUGGAUGUCUGUAGCUUGCUUCUCUGUUUCUCACUACAUAAUCUUGUCCCUACCAAUGACGGAUGAUCCAUCGUGCAGGACGCUCGCUGCUGUCAUGCCAACAGGAAUGACGCUGAACAGUUGGUUGUAACAGUUAGUUUCGUCACGUCCAUCUCGAUUCACGCGUCUCUCUUCUUCAUGCAUAGAGGAGGUAUCUAUCUCUCCACGUCGGCGGUUGAAUGUGCAAAAAAAAAAAAAAAACAGUCUUUCAGUGCUUGCCAGAGAUGUGUAACAUCUAACCUCGGGAAACGAGCAAAUUCACGUGUUCUUAUGUUACAAAUACAAUUAUAAAACGAAACUCGGACAAGAAAUUUAACGUAAAGUUCUUUUAAAUAAUGCCGUUCGUGAUCAACUAUACGCAAAUUAUGUUUUCAACUAAAUUCCAUUCCGACGAGUGAGAGUCAAUUAUUGACUCUCACUCGUCGGAAUGGAGCACAAAUUCUUUUUGUUGCUGUCGAUGCGUAUUGGACAUGAGUAAGUGUUAACUGCUCCAAAGGCGACACCUGUCUGCAACCAAGUGAACCGACUGACAACUUGUAGCAAGUGCCACAGAAAACUUGACAUUUUGUAUGUAAGUUUGUGAUUGCCAAUGAGUUUGUAUCUUUAUUUAUAUAAAAUAAAAAGUUAUAGCCUUGUGAAA